UCACCUUUCAAAUUGUCAAGGGAGAUCACCGGUUUUAGAGGAGAUUCCAAACAAGUAUUUGUUGCCACCUGAUAAAUACUGAAGGAUUGUUUACCAGGUUGAACUGUGACUCAGCACAAUGGAUGUUGAUGCAGAAGAUGAAGAUCCAUGUCAGUUCAUGGAUGGUGAAAUGGCUGAGGAGUCCAUGGCAACAGAUGGUCCCACGUAUCAAGACUGUGACAUAGCAACUCCAAAAGAUAGCAUCCCUGUUGCCAUGGCAACAGAAAACAGAGACAUUUUGGAAGCCAGUGAUGGUGAAUGUGUUCAUGGUAACGGCACCGCACAUAAUGAUGUAAAUGGAGCCAUUGCAGUUUCCCCUACUGUGUCUCUGCCGGGAACAUUUAGGAACUAUCAAACAUUCUCCAAAUUAAUCCUGUCUCCUGGGACUGGUUUCCAGGUGCCAAAAGAUGGAACUCUUUGCAAUGUUAACAUUGCAGUUUUAAAUUCGUAUUUAUUAACAGCAGAACAAAUUGGGUAUGAAAUAGGGAAUAACAUUGUGAUAAUGGUGGGCGAAGGGGAUACUGAUGUUGCUCGGCAGCUCGACCUCUGUCUACAGACGAUGAAAGAAGGGGAGGUGUGCGAUAUUCAAAUACAAAUAAACUCACUCAAUGACCAAACUGGUAUCUGUGAUACAUGUUCUUUCAGAAUCCAUUUGAUGUCAUUUCAAGAAUCUGUGUUGUCAUGGCAACUGCUUCCAGAAGAGAAGAUCAGCCGUGCAGCUCAUCACAAGGAGAAGGGAACCGCCUUAUUUCAGCUUGGGAACAUAGAAUUUGCCUUCAGGAGAUUUAGCAAAGCCUUGAAAUAUCUUGUGUGUUGCCAUCCUCAAGACAGUAUUCCAGAGCACAUGCUAGAAACAUAUUGCAAAUUGAAGUGUCAGUGUUACUCCAACCUAGCUGCAUGUCAGAUGAAGAUGAAUAUGUUUAGUGAGGUUCUACAGAAUUGUUCCAAGGCCAUAGAAAUUGAUCCAAAGAAUGUUAAGGCAUUGUAUCGCCGAGGACAAGCUUAUCUUUUCUUUGACGACACAGAUUCAGCCAGAUCUGACCUGGAGAUGGUGGCCUCCCUUGAACCUCACAACAAGGCUGUGCUGCAGCUGUUGGGUCAGCUGCAGGUUAAGCAGAGACAGAUGGACAACAAGAUGGCUUCAGGACUUAGCAAGAUGUUCACCUGACAUGGUUCGGUUUGAUUUAAUAUCAAAUGGUCAAGUUAUAUACUUUGAAAGAUAUGUGCCUGGCUUCAGAAACAAAGUACUCUUAUUGCUCAGAAAUGGAGGGUUUCAUACUUCCUGGACAGUGAGAACAGAGGUGACCUUGACAAUGUAUGUUUUGGCUGUGACAAUAUGUUGAAUGAAGUAUCAUACUUUGAGCCACAUGUAUUUAACAAGUGGAACAUUGAAGUUCUCUCCACACGUCCCAACUAACAGAAAAAAACCGUGAAGAUCUGGGUUGGAGUUUGUCAUCAGCCGCCCAUGCUUAUCAUACUAUUGAAGUAAUGGGAUUGCCUGGUCAGGCUUACUUACCUAUUUGAUGCAGGUCAUUGUAUCACGGUUGCAUAGAUCAAUGCUCAUGAUGUCAGUCAUUUGUCCAGAACUGAAUAUUUACAAAGUUACAAGGACUUCCAUGUCAUUGCUGUGUAGGUCUAUAUGGCAAGAUAUUAUUCAUCAUUUGUGUUUCUUGCAUUUUGUAAAUGUGGAUGUUUUUGAGAUUGUGGGAAAUAACUGUACCAUUAGUGUUACCAUGGUUACACUGUACACAGGGCUUCAGAUUGAUUCAUGUUUCUUUGAGUAUCGUCCUAAUCAUACUAAUUAU